CUACUACUACUACUACUACUUUAAUAUCUUCAAUUAUUUAUUCAGUAGCAUUAAUCAGCUAAAAUGUUUCUAUUAACAGGAUUGUCAGAGAUGAGUAGAAUAUCACCUUCAGAUCGAUAUGAUAAACUUGGUCUGCUAUCAAAUAGUUAUUCAUUUCUUUGGGAAACAAAUAAUACAUACCAAGCAAUGACUGUAAUAUCUAGUAAAACAAAUGUAAAUACUAAUUUCAUGUACGAUUAUCAAUUAUAUAAAAAAGAAUCAAAGCAUAAAUCAUUACUUCUUAUUUUAUAUAGUGCAACAAAGCAUAAAAUUGAAAAGACAUUCACUGCAUUACAAACUCAUUAUAAAACAAUACAUAAAACGAAUUAUUCAUUUGACAAGCAAAUAGACAGUUCAUCAUCAAUCCCUGUUCAAGUAAAUCACAUUACAGAUAUGGAACAUAUUAUUGACAGUCAACAAAAUAAAACAUAUUCACAAUCAAAUGUAGUUGAUCCCGAAUCUCAUAUUGUAUUUCACAAUGAUAGUUUACACUCAAUGGACUCAUCUAAUUAUGGACGUAUAAUUCAUCGAAAACAUAUAAAAUAUCGUCGAUGGAAAAAAGAUAAAACAAAAUGGAAGUAUAAACUAAGUAAAGAUGUCAGAAUAGAUAAUUAUAAGAAAUUUUUUUUACAGCAAGAUUAUUCAUCACAACAUAUACAUUUUGAAUGUUUAUCUAGAAAAAUGUCAGAUUAUUAUCAUGAAACAACAUCAAAUAUACAUAAACAAUUCUUAUUUAGUCAAACAAUCAAUGAAGGCCAAUGGGAGGCAUUUCUGUUUUUGUUAAACACUGGAAUAAACAUUAAUUCUAUUCAAAGAAAGAUCAAGUCAUCAAAUGAUGAAGAGUGUAUGAAGCAAGAGGCAAUAAUAACUGAAGUAUACCCAUCAGUAUUGGAUCUUUAUCUAAGAAAUAUCCCAUCAUACUUAUCCUCAUAUGUUGUUAAAAGUGUUUUAACUCACUCAGUAAAAGAGAAUGAAACAACCGGAAUUUAUUCAAGAAUACUUUCAUGUCUUCUAGAUAAUGGAGCUGAUGUUUGUAAUAUAGAUGAUUUUGAAUUAAGCGCACUUCGUGGAGGAGGUAUUCAAUCUCACACAAUAUCUUACAUAUGUGAACAAACUGCAAUACAGUUACAUUACAGUUUUAUGAAUGUUUCGAGUGCUACAACUAAUCAUCAAACUAUUGAUUAUGCAGGUCUUUUAAGACAAUUAUUAAAGUCUAGAUUGAUUCCUACAAAAUUAUUUUUUUAUAUUCAUACUGAUAAAAUAUUAAUCGAUGUACAGAAUGUACUCAUUAUCAACAAUAUUCAUUUGAUAUCUAAUAAAACAGAUCGAAUUUAUGAAAAGAAUAAAUUUUAUCCAUUACUGUUAUAUGAAUUAAUGAGAUGGAAUUUUUAUCAUAGCAAAACUUCACGAUGCCUUUCCAGUAUACUUCAAUCGUUUAUUGUGUUAUUUUUAAAUUUGGUAUAUUCCGGAUUAUGCAAAUUGCCUGAGAAUCUAUGUGAUGUGAUCGACUGCGAUUCUUACAAACCUUUGAGUAAUCAUCAGAAUUAUAAACACAACCAUCAAGAAUUCUUCAUUGAAACUUAUCAUCCUCAUCAUCAUCAUCAUUUAUCAUAUUUUUCUUAUUAUCAUAAUAAAUUUUUACAAAUAAUUAAUAAACAACCAUUUAGUUUAUUUGUACAAUGUAGAUAUGUGAUAAGAAAUCAAAUAGGAACACAAUAUUUUUAUAAGAAACUUAUGCAUUCCGAAGACAGGAUUGAUGUGAACAUUGAGUUAACUAGUAAAUUCUGUAGACAGUUGAUAAAAUUACCUGAUCAAUUAAAACGUGCCAUUGGUUAUAUGGAAGCGGUACAUUUGAAAGAUGAAUUGUACUAUUUAACACAAACACCGUGACAAAACGCAUAACUUUCAUUUAUGUACAUAUUGUAUUGUGAAGAUGAUGACAUGAUUUUGUUCAUGUAUAUAAUGUGAAACUACAACAAAUAGAAGCAUGUGUAAUGUACCAAAUGUUUAAGUGUUAAUUUUGAAUUCGUACAAAACCAUGAUAUAUUUUUGAAAGUCGG